AUGGCUUUGCGUGAGCUGGGCUCCAUCUUCGGCCUUGCCUCACGGUCGGGGACCCGGCCGGUAGUACGAUGCGCCAACCUCCCUAUACGCCGCUAUGCAUCGACAGAUGCUACUCAGGACCUCGAGCCAGCAUCCUCCUUUUCCGCUCCUCCGCCAUCAGAAGAUAUUGUGAAGAGCUAUGAUCCCGUAGCACAGAGCAGGAGACGGGGGAGACGACUACCACCAAGCAGAUAUCAGUUUCGCCCCCCAAAAUACUACCGCGGCCCUCUUCACCCACAUCAACCUCCACCGCCAUCCGACCCCUCCUCCCGCGUCUUCCAACCCGGCCCCUUCUCCCUCCCCCGCCUCGAGCAAACCUACCAGUCCACCAUCCAGCCCGACCUCAUGACCCUCGCCUACACGCACUUUCCACCCGGCUACACCGCCCCGCCAAAAGGUGCUCGUCUGCGCAGCUGGGAAGGCGCGUCCCCCUACUUCAAGAACCGGCCGCUGCGAGGCCCCAGGGGAAGCGACGUGCUGCGGCUGUUGAGGCAGCCGACGACUUUCCGGAACGUGCCGAAGCUCACAGGCGUGACGGUGCAUAGCAUGGUCAAGGAAGCAAACGAGGAUCCAGCAGUGCUGGACGUGGCGAAGAUGGUUGUGCAGGCCAUCACGAAUGCGCGGACGAAGGUGCACAAGGCGAGAAUGAGCGUUAUUCAGUGGGGACAUAGGGAGGGCAGGGUUGUUAGUGUGACAGCGGACUUGACGGGUGAGGAUAUGUACCAUUUCUUGGGCAAGACGAUCGAUGUCGUGCUGCCGCGGAUUAAGGAUUGGAAGGGGGUCAAGGGGAGCUCGGGGGAUAGUAGUGGGAAUCUGACGUUUGGGCUGAGCGCGGAGAAUGUGGCGUCGUUUCCAGAGAUCGAGGUCAACUACGACAUGUAUCCACCGAAGAUGAUUCCGGGCUGUCACGUUACUGUUCACACGUCAGCGACGAACGAUAGAGAUGCGAGGCUACUUCUAAGCUCGAUCGGAAUACCUUUCUAUGGGAAGCUGGUAGACUAG